AGAUAGCUAUAAGACUUAAGGACGCUGAAGGCGUACGAGAAGAACUCUAAGAGAUGAAAGCCCUUUUUCUCCGUACGGUAUAGGGGCAAGCUACCCCUAACGCACAGACUCCUAAUCUCACGCCAAGUAUAGAAAGUCAGCAACCUCCUAGCUAGCCUCUAGCUACGACUACGCCCGUAUAAGAGUUUAGAAAAGCUAGACUCCCUAAUAUUAGAAUCUUCGAGAAAGGUUCACACGAAGAAUACACGCAGUAGAAGAUGUAGAUCUGUACGAAACUAUUAGCGGAUUAUCUAGCUUACCCUACAAAGUUCUACCAAGCUUACUAUAUAAUCUCCUAGAUGGGAGGACUAGCCUUUUUAGCAUUACAGGCUUACGUACAAGACUUCAUAAGUAGAAACGUAUUACCUAGCUUAAGUAAGUUUCUUCUCCACGUACGAGCCUUUAACCUAAAGUUUAACGAAGCUGGUUUCGGACAAGACGAUAACGCGCUGAAAAUUAACUAUCUUAAGAAUUCUCUCAAUAGAAAGCUACUACGCUACCAAGCUAGGUACCAGCCUCCUUUAAAUGAGACGUACGACGCCUUUGUUCAUCGACUUAGAAACACUUAGAAGAAUCUUAAGGUAAUUAACUAACUCUCGUCCAACGCGCCCUCUUACUCUACCUCUCUUCCUACGUCUACCCCAGCUGCCGUAGACGAAAUGGACUGGACGCCUAAUGUAGGCGCUAUACGUCCCCGUACGAGAAACGAGUAAUAGGGUACAUAAAGCUAAAUUACUCAACGCAAGGAGGAGGGCAGCUACCUACGUUGUGGCAUCCACGGCCACCUCGUACGGCAGUGUAAAGCAGCAGUCCCAAAACGCACGCGCAAGCUAGAGACCGUGAUAAAAGUCCUAGCUGCUACCUUAGAAGACGAAAGCUCGGACGAGGGAAAAGAGGAGCCC